AUGGAAACGCCCCUCCCUCAUCAUCCUCAACUUCUUCGUCGCCGCCCUGGAGUCCACAUUUCCACGCUACCAAAUCCACAAUUCCAGAAUAUCCGAAACGAUGUCGUAUUGUCCAUGAGAGAUCUGCCCCUCUCGCUAAUCUCUGCCCGGAGAUUCUUCGCUCAUCGUUUUCGAGAUCCGAAAGCCUCGUGUAUCAGAAUCCCAGACCUAAUGGCGGACGAGUUAUCCAAGAACCAACCACUGGAAUCCAUGGAGAAUAGCAACAAGAAAGGGGAGCAACAACCGGAGAAAUCGCCGCCGCCGCCUCUGCCGGAGAAGCCGUUGCCGGGUGAUUGUUGCGGCAGCGGAUGCGUCCGGUGCGUGUGGGACGUGUAUUACGAGGAGCUAGAAGCUUACGACGAAUAUUACAGGAAUGAAUCCAAGCCCAAAUCUUAACCCUCUUAAUACUGCUUUCUUCAACAAACUCCAAUUACAGAUGCGUAUUUCUUCAUCAGAAAUUCUUUUGAUGUAUAAGGAAUCGUUCAAUUGAUUAUCUUAGGAUUUAUGUCAAUCAGAUUUGUUGGGAAAUGUCGUUGGGAAUCUAUUCUUGUUCAAUA